CUGUAAUGACGGUGACCCUUGACGAGAUUUUAAGAAGAAAAAAGGGGAUAAGAUAGGAUGACGAAGAUAGAUUCACUCACAUGACAACGAUUAGGACAGAGGGAGUCGGGUGGGCGUGGGACAUGACGGUCCGCGGAGAGAGCUGACCACCGGCAAGGAAAGUUUGCCACAGUCAGGCUCAGUCAGAGGAACCGUGACCACCCUCCCGUCGAGAUCCGCUGUCAGUGAUCACAAAACGGAUUGUCUUUACUAAACAGGUGCCAUGGACGGGCAUGUGAGGUUGCGGAGCAGCACCGGGCACAGAUGCAUGCUGGGAUUAACCCUGCUGCUCCUCCUGUUCGAGGUCAUCGUCAGCCGCCUCUGCAACUGCCUCAUCAACAUGGUGGAUGGCUUCCACACCCUCUACAUCCUCCUCCACCUGUCACUCCAGCAACACUGGGGUGGAUACACACCUCCUCACUCUUCCCCCUAUCUGCCCCCCUCCCCUGACACCAGCUCCUCAAACUCACACAGCACCUCCCACCCCAACCCCAGCUCCUCUCCUCUCAGCACCGCUCGCCCCAACCUGACUAAAAUGUCCGCCGCACCCAUCUCCACUCGUGACUCCACUUCUGUUCUCUCGUGCUCAUCCGUUACGCCGCGCCUGCAACCGUUCGGCUCGCUGGUCUCGGCGCUGCUCCUGUCCUCCCUGUGUGUGUCCGUCACACUAGAGAUACUCAACCACGUCUUCCAGCCGCACCCCAUCCAGAGGCCUGUCCUGGCUACCGUGACUAGUGCCCUCAGCCUGCUCUUCAACACCGCUGUGCUGGGCCUCACCUGGGCCCAGCCUUUCGGGGCAGCGGGGUCUACCUCUACCACGACGCCCCCUGACUCAGGGUCAGAUGAGAGAGCUGUGGCAAAAGUCACUGAAGAUGAGUUGGCCAGUGGAACCCUUCGAGAUGGGUCCCUUUUGUUCUGUAACCCAGCCGCUCCCAGCGUGUUGGAUCCUGACGUCGAUUCUGUGACCCUCCCUGAGUCUCUGGGGUCCAACCAUCAUGAGAUGUCACCCUCUUCAGAACCAAGAGGCUUGGAGGAGCCUAGAAAUGAACCUCCUCAGUCCAAGGCCAGGGAUCUUGAGCUGACAGAUCUUUCGUCUCAGGUUCCCAUGAACACCUGCUGCGUCGGCCACACCGGAAACCCUGCCAACCUACGUGUCCCUCCUCUGUCCAUACUCUACAAAGUCCCACCCAGAGUUCAGCAGAGCAGCUGUCUACAGGUCCACGCCACUGUCCUCCGUGACCUGCUGUGCCCGUGUCUAGCUCUUGCCAACGCGCUGACUGCACUGCUGGGCAGCCCUGACUGCCACCACCCCCAGGAGUUGUGCAGUUCUCUGGUCUACCUGGAUCCAGCCUUCUCCAUGGUGGCCGUGCUGGUGCUGCUGGCCUACGCCCUGCCUGAGGUGCAUCGCCUGGGGCUGCUGCUGCUGCAGAGCUGCCCCCCGGGCCUCAGCGUGCCGGAGCUCCGGCGCAGGCUACUGGCCGGGCACGGCGUGGAGGGCGUGCACGAGCUCCACUUGUGGCAGCUGACCGAGAGGUGCCUGGUGGCCUCCGUGCACGUGCACGUGAACACCCGCUGCUGGUGGGAGGGGCCGGAUAAGGUCGUUGCCGGGGUGACGGAAACACUACGCAGUGCUGGAGUGACCAUGUGUACAGUCCAGCCUGAGUUUGCCACAGAGAAUCUAAAUGGAGAGACAGUCCUGCCAGCUGUGCCUGGUAAUCUAGUUGAGGACUGGCCCUGCAGCCUGCCCUGUAGGAAGGAGUGUUUGAAGAAGAUGUGCUGCGUACCCUUAACCGAAGUAGGCAUGGCGGAUCAGGCGCCCUCUAGUGGUGAUGUGGAGGAGAAGGCCCCACAGGCCGUGAUCAUUGAGAACACUUUCUUGUGAGGGAAAGGAUUUCAACAGUUUUCUCAGCGGAAGCUGAGCAGGGUCUUGAGAAGGACUAGACAUCUGUGCACCAUGUCUGUUUAAUGCAGGAGUUCACAUUACAAUUGUAUGUAGUUAUAAUAUUUUGUAGGGAAAAAAAAACUAUAAUUUAUAUUAGGUAAAUUAUGUUUUUUACAUUUUUGUAUUCUUUACAUAUGAUAUUGAUGCUGUAUUUGACAUAUAUUGUAUUCAUUGUUGUACAUUCUAAUAAUGGCUUUUAGAAAUUAAAUGUUUUAUCAUUA